GCCCAAGCACGACACCCUUAUCGUAACUCGGCCAGCAAAAUGUCCUCCGGUGCAGUAAGUCUCGUUUUACCGCGGCCAGGUGCUGAAACCACAUUGCCACCAAAAACCAUUGCCGGGCCCCCGGAAGAAUCCUUCACAUCGACAUUUGGCGCCCUCCUUCCGCCAGCUCGAUAUCUCAGCACGGACAAUGGAAAAGCGGCAUACUACUCCAUGCCGCCGUCACCGCCACCCACGCCAGACACGCAAUCACCAGACACAAAGUCGCCAGAGCGAGUGCUCUUUAUUCACGGCGUGCAAACCCCCGCCCUGGGCAUGCUCCCACUAGCUCGGCAGCUGCAUUCCUCGUUUCCCACAGCGCACUUUGUGCUGCUUGAUCUCUGGGGCCACGGCCUCAGCGACACACCAGUUGCACCUCACACAGCCAGCCUGUUCCACGGGUUAAUCGACGCGCUACUCGACCAUCUGCAAUGGCCCUCAGCACACAUGGUCGGCUUCUCGUUUGGCGCCUCGUUGACGGCGGGCUACGUCGCAUUGCGCGCCACACGUGUGCAAAGCUACACAUUGGUUGCGCCGGCGGGGCUCAUCAAGUCUGCAUCCUUCUCGGCAGCCGAGCAAGCGCACCUGCAGCCUGGCAGCGACGAGGCGGCGGCGCAGAAAUGGGUACUUGAAUUCCUCGAAGGCGGAGACCUUCUCGUGCCGGCAGACUGGGAAGAAAGAGUCGCGCGGGGCGAGGUGGUGGCUGAAGCCGUGAGAAAGUGGCAGAUGGACAAGCACCCGGCACACACGGCAUCGGUAGUAGGUAUAUUCCGCGACGGCGGUGUGCUGGAUAAUCAGCAGCGAUUCGAGGCAGCGAUUGCGACGGGGGUGCCGGCCAUGGUGGUGCAGGGUGAGAAGGACGACCUGUGCACCCCAGGCGAGCUAGUGCAAUUGGGCUUCCAGCACGUCUUUGUGGUUCCAGACGUCGGCCACGCGGUGGUAAGGGAAAGAGUACCGGAAGUGGCGGAAUACGGAGGUGACUGUCAAAAGUUCUUGCUGACAGGGGUGCAUUGA